CAAAUGAAUGAAAUGGAAAUACAGCCAGCAGCAUUUCAGUUCCCCGAGAAAAUCACUCCCUUCUUGACUUAACGAAUCAAUAAGCUACGGUGAACCUGGACCACUUAGAGAGGCAGAGCAUCGGAGACUGUCCGCCAAUAGGAGAGCUCACCGGAUUUAGGCUAGAUGCGCCAUUUUACUGCGUCCACAGCCAUCCGGCAAGAUGGUCCCCUCGCUUUGUCUGCUCUGACCGGAGUUGUUUCGGUAUUCAGUGCUUCUUCUUGCCUUUAUAACAUCGGGAAUCCUACCAAUUAGACCAAACUGGACUACUUCUAUCUUUAACGAAACGUGUCUGCACCAGAUGAGCAAUGGCGACGAUGGAAAGCAGGUAAAAUGAGUCUGCCUUCUUCCGAAACAAUCAUUGACCAAAUGGCAGAGAAAACAGAGGAGCCUGGGAGCUCAAAAGAAACUAUGAAGCCCUCUUCUUCUCGCAACAAGAGGAAUCCGCUACUGUAGCUAAGCACACUGGACCGAAUGAAUCAGAGUCAGCGGAGAGUCAGAAUGAAGGUGCCUCCUCUGACAACCCCUCUGACAACAACACAAGCAGUGUAUCUAGAGGCACUUUAGUGAUCAGGCCAGCUGGGAAUGACAAUAAAGGCGCCAUGAAACUCAGAGUGGACUUCAAACAGAACAUACAGAUGACACCCUGCAAAAGAAGUAAGCUGCACGGCCUGUGGAAAACAAGUCAACCAGUUUCAGCGCAACUCUGUGUAUGAGCAUCCUGUGCUCAAAGUACUUAUUUGCAGGUCAUGCUACAAGUAUUACACAAGUGAUGACAUCAACAAAGACUCUGAUGGGAUGGAUGAGCAGUGCAGGUGGUGUGCUGAAGGUGGCAAACUCAUCUGCUGUGACUACUGUAGCAAUGCUUUCUGCAAGAAGUGCAUCCUGCGCAACCUGGGCAGGAAGGAGCUCUCAGUCAUCACUGAUGAGCUCUCAAGUGGCACUGCUACGUCUGCAGGUCUGACCCUCUACAGGAUCUGGCCUCCAAAUGCCACAGUGUCAUGGAACAACUAGAACUGAAGCUACGAAAAUCCGACAAAACCUCAGAGGAACGUGAGAGCAGGAAACACAAGAGCAAAGCAGUAAAAGAGCACAAAGCAGUGGUGAAUGGAAAAGAACACACCGAAGGCUCAGGGACCAUGACAUUUUCCUACAAAAGCUGCAGGUACCCAAAGAACUUAUUAAAAAGACAAAAAACUUGUUGAAACUACGACAGGUUUGAACAAUACGUUCAUUCAGUUCAUCCAGCAGGCUGCAGAGGAGCAGGGAGAUAAGUCUAUCAGGUAUCGACAUUUGAAAGCCUUCAAGGCCGUGCUCGCUGAUCUGAAAAAGCCCACAGUGCUUUGGAGGCGUCCUUGGUGCCUGAGUUUAAAAGUAUGGAGCUGCAGAACGGGAAUGACGAGCAACAUGUCAUGAAAAAGAGCACUGAAGUUAGUCAACCUGUGAAAAACGAACACACGGAUGAUGUGGCGGAUGCAGGUGUUGAGGCUGAUGAAGAAGAGGAGCAAGACAAGGAACAGGUGAUGGAGCAGGAUGAGCAGCCAAAUGAGGAUAUCAACAAGGAUCUGGUUGAAGAAAUGGAUGAGAAGCAGGAUGGGCAGCCAAAUGAGGAUCUUAACAAGGAUCUGGUUGAAGAAAUGGAUGAGAAGCAGGACGGGCACCCUAACGAGGAUUUCAACAAGGACUCAGGUGAGGAAAUGGAUGAGAAGCAGGAUGAGCAGCCUAACGAGGAUUUCAACAAGGACUAUGGUGAGGAAAUGGAUGAGAAGCAGGACGGGCCGCCUAACGAGGAUCUCAACCAGGACUCGGGUGAGGAACUGGAUGAUGAUCCCAUUGAAGAUCUUGUUGAGGAUCCUGUUGAGGAUCCUGUUGAGGAUCCAGUUUUGGAGAAACAUGUUGAGCAGGACAUGGAAAAUGAUCAGAUGCCGUUGGAGAGUGAAACGAAAGACAGCCAGACAGAAACUGAUGUAACCAAAAAGAACAUUAAAACUGAAAUGUGUGAUGAUGCGCUUUUGUCAACCAGUGAAAUGUCUCUAGACCAUGACAUUAUGUCUGUGCCCCCUUCAGUUCCCGAGGAGCUUUUUCAGAUGGUAGAAAGUCUGGCAGACUCUAGCAUGCUGUCACAGAAAGACAGUGACCUGGCCACAAACACUGACAAGAAUACAGACACAAAGCCAAUCACAAACUCAACAGACUCUGAGCGCCCCCAGCCCAAGGUCAAGAACCUCAUAGUCAAACUGACUCCUGUGCCCGUCGUGACAACAAUUGGAUCAAGAACCUCCAGGACCAAAAACAAAGAGAAAGAUGAAGAGACACUCAAAAAAAGCAAAGAUGAAAAAUGUGAGGAAAAGGAAGAUGAGGCCAGUGCGGAUAAGACCGAGAGCCCACCUCCCAGCAGGCGCUCUAGUAGAGUGAAGACCACGCCCUUGAGGAAGCAGACUGAUAACAAGAGCAAGGAAGAGUCCUCUGACUCAGAGACAGAGGAAAAUGGCAAGAGCAAGGCCAAGUCCUCCAAGAAACGUUCUAACUCUAAGAAAUCUUCCAAGACCAAGAAAGAAGAAAAAGAAGAUGAAGAAAAAGAAGACGAAGACGAAGAAGAAGAAGAGGAAGAGGAGAAGCAGAGCAAAGCUUCAGAGGAAAAGACAGUGGACUCUGACUCAGAUGUAGUUCCUGACAUACUGUUAGAGAAAGCUGCAGCAGCAAACAGCACAGAUGAGGAACAAGAGGGCAAAAGUGCUAAGAAGUGUUUAUUCAAAUCAAACAACACAUCAGCAAAGGAAACAGACAAAGCGUCCAAACGUAAAAGAAAGUCUGAAAGCUCUGAUUCAGAUCCAGAGAACAAAAGUAAAAAAAAACCCAAGAAGAAGAAAUCUAAAGGCUCGGACUCAUCAGACUCCGACGGCGACCACGAGAAAGAGAAGAAGAGUAAAGUGAGCACAGAAAGGAGGCGAUCUAGCCGUGUGAAGAAGCAAGAUGAAGCAAAAGGGGACGACAAAAAGUCACCCGAGAAGAAGGGAUCGGAGCGGAAACGGUCUUAUGAGAAGAAGAGCAAGAGAAAGAACUCCUCAACACCUUCUAAGCUGCAGUCUUCAUCCAGCGAGGACGAGGAGGAGCAGCAGCCUGACGGUGACUCCGGAGAGGACAGCGAUCAGCAAAAGAUCAAACCUAUUGUGGAGGAUAAUGUGAUGGGGGCAAGUGGACCUUUCCACCAAUCCUCAGGAGACGAAGAUGACAAAGAGAAGAUCUCUGGGGUCUGUGAGGAUGAUGACGACGACGAUCCUGAGAACAGGAUCGCAAAGAAAAUGCUUCUUGCACAAAUAAAAUCGAACUACUCUUCCGGAGCGGAGAGUUCUUCAGAUAAUGAAGGAGACGAUAAGGCUGAGAAGUCAUCCAAAAAAGUAAAAAAAGAGGAAGACGACGACGACGAACAUGAAGAUGAGGAGCAAGAUGAGGACUCGGACGACUCCAGCUCUGAUGCCGAUGUGAAGAAGGCUGGAAAACGACACAAACUGCUUCGCCAUAAACUCUCGUUGAGUGAGGGCGAAUCAGGAGACGAGAAAGCAUCUCGUAAAGACAAGAAGAAAGGCAAGAAGAAGUCAUCACGAAAAGUGGCCAGUGAUGACUCUGCAGACUCCGACUUUGAUAACUCAGAGUCCAGUGAGGAGUCGGGGGUAAGCGAGGAAGUAAGUGAAUCAGAGAAAGAGGGGAAGCGUCGAAAGACAAGAUCUUCAAAGAAGAAGGAUGAGGAGAAACAGAGAAGUUACAAGCAGAAGAAGAAGCGACGCAGGAUCAAAGUUCAGGAUUCCUCUUCCAGCAAUGAGAAGAGCGGGGAGGAAGAUGAUGACGACGAUCCAGACGGCAAAAAGGGACGCAAAAAGAUCCGCAAAAUCCUGAAGCACGACAAGCUGCGGACAGAGACGAGGGAUGCUUUGAAAGAGGAGGAAGACAGGAGGAAACGUAUUUCUGAGAGGGAAGAACUCAGGAAGAAACUUCGAGAGGUUAUAGUCGUCAAGGAGUCGUCACUGAUGGCCUGUCCUAUCACCACUAAGCUGGUGCUGGAUGAGAACGAAGAGACAAAGGAGCCGAUAGUGCAGGUGCACAGGAACCUCGUCACAAAGCUUAAACCUCAUCAGGUGGACGGAGUGCAGUUCAUGUGGGACUGCUGCUGUGAAUCUGUGAAGAAAAUGGAGAAGUCCUCUGGCUCCGGCUGCAUUCUCGCCCAUUGCAUGGGGCUGGGAAAAACUCUGCAGGUGGUGACGUUCCUACACACUUUGCUGCUCUGUGAGAAGCUUGACUUCACCACAGCUCUGGUGGUUUGUCCCCUGAACACUGUUCUUAAUUGGCUCAAUGAGUUUGAGAAGUGGCAAGAAGGAAUGAAGGAUGAGGAGAGUUUAGAGGUGACUGAGCUGGCCACAGUCAAGAGGCCUCAGGAGCGAGCACUCGCCCUCCAGCAAUGGCAAGAGUCGGGCGGCGUUAUGAUCAUGGGUUAUGAGAUGUACCGAAAUCUGACUCAGGGCAGGAACAUCAAGAGCAAGAAGCUUAAAGAGACUUUUCAGAAGACUCUGGUAGAUCCAGGUCCAGACAUGGUGAUCUGUGAUGAAGGUCACAUCCUGAAGAAUGAGGCGUCAGCUGUGUCCAAAGCGAUGAAUUCCAUCAGGACGAGGAGGAGAGUUGUACUCACUGGAACACCUCUGCAGAACAACCUUGUUGAAUACCACUGCAUGGUGAACUUCAUCAAGGAGAACCUGCUUGGGUCAAUUAAAGAGUUCAGGAACCGUUUCAUUAACCCCAUCCAGAACGGACAGUGUGCCGAUUCCACAUUCCAAGAUGUCCGGAUCAUGAAGAAGAGGGCUCACAUCCUGUAUGAGAUGCUGGCUGGCUGUGUUCAGAGGAAAGAUUACACAGCGUUGACUAAGUUCCUGCCUCCCAAACACGAGUAUGUGUUGUCAGUCAGAGUAACCCCGAUCCAGUGUAAACUCUACAGAUACUACCUGGAGCACUUCACAGGUAUUGGGAAUGCUGUGGAGGGGGGACGGGGCCGUGCAGGGACCAAACUCUUCCAGGAUUUCCAGAUGCUGAGUAGAAUCUGGACCCAUCCUUGGUGUCUUCAGCUGGACUACAUCAGUAAAGAAAACAGGGGCUUCUUCGACGAGGACAGUAUGGACGAGUUCAUCGCCUCAGAGACAGAAGAAUCUUCCAUGAGCAUGACCUCUGAGGACGAGAAGAAAAAGAAAAAGAAGAAGGGAAAAAAGAGGGGAUCUGAGGAUUCGGACAGUGACGACGUGGAGGUCAUCAAGGAGUGGAACUCAAGCUCUCGGGGCAAAAACGGAGAGGGUCGAAGUAGACCAGAGCCUGUAGAGGAACCAGCAGCUCAGCCCUCCAGCUCAGCUCCAGGGAGUCCCACUCCCGACUGGCACAAGGAGUUUGUCACUGAGCAGGAUGCUGAGAUCCUGGAGCAUUCUGGGAAGAUGACACUGCUCUUUGAGAUCCUGCGCAUGGCAGAGGAAGUGGAUGAGAAAGUGUUGGUGUUCAGUCAGUCUCUUAUCUCGCUGGAUCUGAUUGAGGAUUUCCUGGAGCUUGCUUGCAGAGCCAAAGAUGAGGACAAAGUCUCUCCAUACAAAGGUGACGGCAAGUGGUUCAGGAACAUUGACUACUAUCGCCUGGACGGCUCCACUGGCGCCUUGACCAGGAAGAAGUGGGCUGAAGACUUUAAUGACACUAGUAACACAAGAGGUCGUUUGUUCCUCAUUUCAACACGAGCCGGCUCUCUUGGCAUCAACCUUGUGGCAGCCAACAGAGUCAUCAUCUUUGACGCCUCGUGGAACCCCUCCUAUGACGUCCAGAGUAUUUUCAGGGUCUACCGCUUCGGCCAGGUUAAGACUGUCUACGUGUACAGAUUCCUGGCCCAGGGUACAAUGGAGGAGAAGAUUUAUGACCGGCAGGUAACCAAACAGUCCCUGUCAUUUCGUGUGGUGGACCAGCAGCAGAUUGAGAGGCACUUCACCACCCAUGAGCUGACCGAGCUCUACAACUUUCAGCCGGACCAGCUGGAUGACCCCACAGAGAAGAAGAGCAAAAAGGCAACACCUUUACUUCCAAAGGAUCCCUUCCUGGCUGAGAUGCUGCAAAACAACAAGGACCAGAUCGUCUGCUACCACGAACAUGACUCCCUACUGGACCACAAGGAGGAGGAAGCCCUGAGUGAGGAGGACCGUAAGGCGGCCUGGGCCGAGUAUGAAGCAGAGAAAAAGGGUCUGCUCAUGAGGACCAACUAUCCAUCACAAUACUCCCAGAUGGACAUGGGCGGCUCCAGCUACUUCAACUACAACAUGGCGGCUUUGGCCUCCAUGACCAACCAGCAGCUGGAGGAUCUUAUAAACCAGGGAAGACAGAAAGUCAUCGAAGCAACAAACGCGUUGAAGACUUUAGGCCGGGAGACAAUGGAAGAUACCAUCGCCAGGGUGUGGAAAGAGAAUGCUGCACUCACAGAGAGUCAGGUCCAGUCCAUCGCUCUGGGUCGACAGGCCAGCAUAGAGAUGGAACUGAAGCGCAGGGAGGCUGUGUACAGAGAAGUCCUCACCAGGCAACAGACGCUGAUGAUGUACGUGCAGAAGCUGAUCACAAACCGGAAGGUGCAGGAGCAGCAGCUGGCCAUGGCCAACCAGGCCAGUUACCUGAACCAGCUAGCCCUGCAGAACGGCAUGAUGGGAAGCGGCGGGCUCAGCCAGAUGGACCUCCUGGGGCUUUACCAACAGCUUCAUGGUCUCAGCUCCCACCAAGGCAUGGGCAAGAACCCCGGCCCCUCCAAGGGUCUGUAGGACAGCAGGACACUUCCCUUGCCCACCACACCCCACUCUGCUGGCUGGCUCCCACUGGCCCAGUCCUCUGUAACCAACGCACUGAGAGGUCUCCCAGAGCUCAAAGCAAACUGGUGCAUCAAGCAGAUGGUGGAGAAGUUUCAAGACCAGGCUGCUGUGCACUGGGGCCUCAAGUGGGAUAGACUCUCAGUUCUUUAUUCUGUAGUCCACUGAGAGACGGUGAUAUAUAAUGUAUAAAUGGCAGUGUGCAAGGAGUCCAUUAGAACAGAAAAAAAAAUGUAUAUACCGCCUUAAUGUUAUUCAAGUUCUAUAUCUUCAUUUUUCAUGUAUUUAAAGACAAGUUUUACCCCCAAUGCUUUAAAGCAUUGUAUUGUUUUCCCCUUAAAAGAGGAUUUCGUUAUUAUUUAAAGUCAGUUUUUUAUACUGUUUUAAAUGCCUAACUGAACCUGAGUGGGACCAGUGUCGUUGGUGACAGGAUUCUAUGAUGUAAAGCUCUUCAGGAUCGUUAGCCCCGGCAGAUUCCUUCACCAAUUACUAGCAAAGCAGACAGCUUAUGGUGCUGCAAAGUCCUGCUCCUUUUGGGAGAUUGAAGAAAUUGUU